AUGUCCAGAAGAGCAAGAUAUCAAUACGAUGAUGAAGAGCUUCCCGAGGCAUACGACUCGGAAACGCGCCAAUACACCUUCCGCGCCCAGCCCGAAGUGACGCGCAAUCCCGACCACCACCACAUGUUUUCCGACACGCAGUCUCACGGACGUUAUCAACCCGUCGGUCGCCCUUCCGGCCCCUAUCCCCGAGGCCUCGCUGCAGAAUAUUCCUCCCCUGCACCGGAACCAUACCAGGACGCCGGGCGUGCACGUGAACGCACCUUCACACGCGCAGCCAAAGUGAUUGCGAAGAAAGCUUUCCACAUUCUUCUCGAUGCUUUCCGCUUCGUCGAGCAUUCUGAUCCAUCACUACUGGCCACAGCAGCAGGAACAACCACCCCAACAAGAACCCCUCGUCGUCCAACGAAUUGGCGAGUCGACGCGGACUCUGGUGAUCUCGUUAUGAAUGAUGAUGAUGAUGACGAUGAUGAUGAUGAUAACGUUAAUGGACCACCAACAUCCUCCUACCGCAUCGAUCCGAAAAGACAUGUCCGAUGGCAAAAUCAGCAACAGAAGAAGACUCGAAGAAGCGCCAAGGUUGUCGGGGGCCGUAGCAGGAGAAUGCCUGUUCCCGUGUAUGGUUUCGAGACGGGCGGAAAAUAUCCUUCUGCUCGUGCUGCUGUCAUCCUGUGUUGGGGUCGUGAGUGCACGCUCGUCUUCAUCGGCGCGCUGUUUGCAGACAACUUCUUAGGUGCCGUCUUGAGUGUGCUGCUGAAGAAGAACCUAUGUGCAUCGAAGUGGAGACUGAUCCUGGAGACCCCUCUACGGGAAGAGAAAGUGUUGGACAAAGAAAGGGCCUUGCAAUGCCGGUUUUGUCCUCGCCAAAACGUUGUAAUCUCGCCGGAUCUAGACAUGGCCAAGAGCGCUGCAUUCCACUCUGAUAAUGCAGCACCAUGCGAAAGUCUAGCCUCAUGGUUCAAGGGCCUCGUUAUCGUCUCGGAAAAGUGA